GGUCCCGCCAGGGGCACCGGGCCCUGCGCUCGGGGUUAGAGUCUCGCCCGGGGCGGGCGCGGGGCCAUGGGCACGGCGUCGUCGCUGGUGAGCCCGGCGGGCGCGGUCGGGGAGGUGAUCGAGGACACGUACGGCGGCGGAGGCGGCGAGGCCUGCGAGAUCCCGGUGGAGGUGAAGCCCAAGGCGCGGCUGCUGCGCGGGUCCCUGCGGCGCGUCGGCGGCUCCCGGCCCGGCGGCCUCAUCGGGGCCAGCUUCAAGUCCACGGCCUCGGUGCAGGAGCUGGAGUGCGUAGCCGAGUACGAGCGCCUGAGGAAGGAGUACGAGAUCUUCCGCGUCAGCAAGAACAACGAGGUGGCCUCCAUGGUGAAGAAGGAGGCUAAGCUGGAUAGGGAGAACAAGCGGCUGCGCGCCGAGCUGCAGGCACUUCAGAAAACAUACCAGAAAAUACUUAGAGAGAAAGAAAGUGCAUUGGAAGCUAAAUACCAAGCCAUGGAGAGAGCUGCUACUUUUGAACAUGAUCGAGACAAGGUCAAAAGGCAAUUCAAGAUUUUUAGAGAAACUAAAGAAAAUGAGAUUCAGGAUUUACUGAGGGCCAAACGAGAGCUAGAAGCAAAACUCCAGAGACUGCAGGCACAGGGAAUCCAAGUGUUUGAUCCUGAAGAGUCCGAUUCUGAUGAUAAUUGUACAGAUGUUACAGCUGCUGGGGCACAGUCUGAAUACUGGAAUGGAGGAGUGCUGGGAAGUGAGCCAUCCAUGGGUAGUAUGAUGCAACUUCAGCAGUCUUUCAGAGGGCCUGAAUUUGCUCAUAGCUCCAUAGAUGUUGAGGGACCAUUUGCAAAUAUAAACAGAGAUGACUGGGAUGCUGCUGUUGCCAGUUUAUUGCAGGUUACUCCUCUGUUUUCCCACUCUCUGUGGAGUAACACAGUAAGAUGUUAUAUUAUCAGUACUGAUGAGACUCAGCCAGACGUAACCACCUUCAUUAGAAACUACUCUCCAAAACUUCAGAGAGUCUGUGAAACAAUGGGGUACUUCUUUCAAGUUGUUAAUUUUUCAACACAGAAUGAAAGGCCUCUUCAGGAUGUAAGAAAAUGGGAAAUUGAAAAAAGUUCAUUAGUCAUUUUGCUCCUGCAUUUAACUUUGCCAAGUUGUUUGUUGGAGGACUGUGAAGAAGCCUUCUUGAGAAAUCCAGAAGAAAAGCCCCGGUUAAUUUACCACAGAAGGGAGGAUGGCAGAGUCAGUUCAGUCGCAGUGCAACAGUUAAUUGAGCAAAUUUCUUGCAUGAACAAAGCAAAGAUGAUUGACCAUGUUGGAGGUGUGGAGGAAGGAGCAUAUGAAAUCUAUAGUUAUGUGGAAAAAAUAAUUAAACAGGAUAUAUUGGGGUGUGAAAUGACAGAUUUAGAAGGCAAGGAUUUGGGUAGUAAAGAAGACUCCACUGCUCCUGAAGAAGAAGUUUUUGGUGAUGUAUUGUGGGAUGUACACGAUGAGCAAGAACAGAUGGAAGCUUUUCAGCAUGCCUCUAAUUCAACAUGUGAGCUGGGAUUUGAGAAAUAUUUUGAACGUCUGAAUGACCUAGUAGCAGCACCAGCACCAAUUCCACCAUUGCUUGUAUCAGGAGGACCAGGCUCUGGGAAAUCUCUCCUUCUGUCAAAAUGGAUUCAAUUACAGCAGAAGCAUUCACCAAACACUCUAAUUCUUUAUCACUUUGUUGGGAGGCCCAUGUCUACUAGUUCAGAAUCUGCAUUGAUAAUUAAGCGCCUUACUCUAAAGCUUAUGCAACACUCUUGGUUAGUAUCACCUCUGACUUUCGAUCCAGCAAAACUUUUGGAAGAGUUUCCCCGCUGGUUGGAAAAACUUUCUGCACGCCAUCAAGGCAGCAUUAUUAUAAUUAUUGACUCUAUUGACCAAAUACAGCAAGCUGAGAAGCAUAUGAAGUGGUUGAUAGAUCCACUGCCAGUGAACGUGAGAGUGAUUGUAUCGGUGAAUGUAGAAACGUGUCCACAGGCGUGGAGGUUGUGGCCCACUCUUCAUCUUGAUCCACUGAAUUCCAAAGAUGUUAAAUCUCUCAUUAGUGCAGAAUGUAACUCUGCAAAUGUUAAAUUGACUAAAGAGCAGGAGAAGAAGCUUGAGAGACAUUGUCGUUCUGCUACAACUUGCAAUGCUUUGUAUGUCACUCUCUUGGGCAAAACCAUUACUUGUGUUGGAAGUACAGGAAAUAUUGAUGAAAUUCUUCAGCAGUGUUGCCAGUGUCAAGACACAGUGUCACUGUACAGGCUUGUUUUGAAAUCAAUUCAGGAAUCAUUACAGAGUGAUAAAGAGAGAGGUCUUUUGAGAGAGAUACUGUGUGUCAUUGGUGUCAGCCACAAUGGGGUGAGUGAGUCAGAGUUGAUGGAGCUUUUUCCUGAGCUAACUUCUGCAGUGCUGGCCUCACUCCUUCACAGCCUGCACAAAAUGUGUCUGCUGACAUAUGGCUGUGGUUUGCUGAAGUUCCAGCACCUCCAGGCUUGGGAGAUGGUAAAACUAGAGUAUAUGGAAGCAGGUGAAAAUGUUAUUUCUGCCUAUAGACAAAAACUAGUGGAAUAUUUCACCAUGCAAUUAAGUCGUGAUCGAGUGACUUGGAGAAGUGCAGAUGAACUUCCCUGGCUCUUCCAACAGCAGGGUGAUAAGCAAAAGCUACACAAGUGUCUUUUGAAUCUCUUUGUGUCCCAAAACCUUUACAAAAGGGGACAUUUUGCAGAAUUGCUGAGUUACUGGCAGCUGGUUGGGAAAGAUAAGAGCUCUAUGGCAGCUGAGUAUUUUGACUCUCUGAAAGAAUAUGAAAAAAGCAGUGAGGGAGAGGAAAGUAUGAUCUGCCUGGCUGAUCUUUAUGAGACCCUGGGACGGUUUCUUAAGGACCUAGGUCUUCUCAGUCAGGCUGUAGCUCCUCUGCAGCGCUCUCUGGAGAUUCGAGAGACUGCACUGGAUCCAGACCACCCGAGGGUGGCACAGUCACUCCACCAGCUGGCAGGAGUGUAUGUUCAGUGGAAGAAGUUUGGGAAUGCUGAACAACUGUAUAAACAGGCACUGGAAAUCUCAGAAAAUGCCUAUGGAGCUGAACACCCUCGAGUGGCCCGUGAACUUGACGCACUUGCAACCUUGUACCAAAAGCAGAACAAAUAUGAACAAGCUGAGCAACUGAGGAAAAAGUCUUUCAAAAUUCGCCAAAAAGCAGCAAGGCAGAAAGGCAGUCUGCAUGGCUUUGCUCUCCUGCGUCAAAGAGCCCUGCAACUGGAAGAGCUCACGUUAAGCAAGGAUACACCAGAUAAUGCUCGAACCCUCAAUGAGCUUGGAGUCCUCUACUACCUGCAGAAUAAUCUUGAGACAGCAGAGCUUUUCCUGAAGCGCUCCUUGGAAAUGCGGGAGCGAGUCCUGGGAUCUGUACACCCAGACUGUGCGCAGUCUCUGAACAACCUGGCAGCUCUGUACAAUGAGAAGAAGCACUAUGACAAGGCUGAGGAGCUGUAUGAGAAAGCUUUGGACAUCAGGAGGAGAGCCUUGGCUCCAGAUCAUCCCUCUUUGGCUUACACUGUGAAACACCUGGCAGUGCUGUACAAAAAGAUGGGAAAGCUUGACAAGGCUGUUCCUCUGUAUGAGCUAGCAGUUGAAAUUCGACAGAAGUCAUUUGGCCCAAAACACCCAAGUGUAGCAACUGCUCUGGUAAACCUGGCUGUCCUUUACUGUCAGAUGAAAAAGCAGAUUGAAGCUUUGCCUCUCUAUGAACGCGCACUGAAGAUUUAUGAAGACAGUUUUGGCCACAUGCAUCCUCGCGUGGGGGAAACACUGAAAAACUUGGCUGUGCUAAGCUAUGAAAAGGGAGACUUUGAGAAGGCAGCUGAACUUUACAAGAGAGCUAUGGAAAUAAAAGAAGCAGAGACUCUGUUGAUAGGUGGAAAAGCAACUUCUCGACACUCAUCAAGUGGAGACACAUUCAGCUUAAAAAGUGCAUUAUCACCAAAUACUUUGCUGGAACAUGGACAAAGGUGAUGCAAACCUGCUCCAAGGAAAGAAAGUCUCCAUUGAUAUUUUCAAAUAGACAGAAAAUUACUAAGACAAAUCCUUUUUUCCAAGGAUUAUGUACUGUUUUCAGACUGACAUGUCUUCAUGAAUUCUGCCUUAACUUUGCAGACUCUAUGGUACAAAGUGAGCUUUUUUCAUUGUAUAUGGGUACCACAUUAGUCACUAGCUCUAGUUGUAGCUAAUGCCAAAAAUAUGGACUUGAUGCCUCUCAGCCUAAGUGCCAGGAUUAUAACAAAUUAAGCUGAACUACUUGUAUAAACUCCAAGGGGCAGUUCUUAUUUCUGAGUUGUAAUAGCAGGGCUUAGAGGAUUUGUGUAUUUUUGUAUCAUCAAUCCUUCCUGCCUUUUUAUAAGCCUUUAAAGUUGUUUCUGAAGAAAUGCUUAAAAAAAAAAAAUUUGAAAUAUCUUUGAAAAUACUAUUUAACCUGAAGUUUUACCUGCAGGAUUACUUCAGCCUUAGGCAAAAUUUCAUUCAAGGGACUUGUGCAAAAUUAAUAGGUUUCCUUGGGAAGCUAGGGUAUCUAAAUAUAUCAUCAUCUACAGUUAAAGCUGCUGUCAGGUUCCACUCUGUUUAAUAAAAAUACUUCCAGUGGGCAAUCAGAAUGAAGAUGAUUAUGGCCAGAUUUCCUGUUCUUAAACCUUUAGCAAUACUUUCACUGUUUAAUCUUAUUGAAUGCCUCAAAAUACAAGAAUGUUUGUAUUAGCUGGGAAAACCUAGCGAUGCCAAAUAGUUUGCCGUCAGAUAAAGAAAUUUUAAUCAAA